AUGCGUCAAAAUUCGGCUAGUAACUUAGAUCCUUACCGUCGACCACCACUGCCUUCAAUGAAUCCUUCCCAAAUUAAUGAACCGUUGCGUGAAGCAGAAUCAUCAAGUUUGAAUGCAUUGGUGGAAAAAUUAGAAAACACGUCAAUGUUAAAAAAUGGACAUGACUUGAAUGAUCCUAAAUUAUUCGGGAUAAAUAUAACGAGUAUUCGAGGAUUACAAGCAGUGCCCUUAGAAAAUGAGCGAAGAAGACCGCUGCCCAUCCCUUCUGAUAAUACUUUUAAUCACUUAUCAUAA